AUGCGUUCUUCUCAGACUCUUCUUGCCCUCGCGGCAACGCUUUCCACAGCAGCUGCCCAGCUCAAGGGAUUCAACUACGGAUCGUCCAACACUGAUGGGUCUUUCAAAUAUGAGGCCGAUUUCUCAGCAGAGUUCACCCUCGCACAAAACCUCGUUGGAACCACUGGAUUCAACGCUGCCAGAUUAUAUACCAUGAUCCAAGGUGGAAGCUCUACCAACGAGCCAAUUCAAGCUAUUCCAGCUGCCAUCAAGACCAAGACCAAGCUCCUCCUCGGUCUCUGGGCUUCCGGAGGACAAGGUCCAUUCGAUGCCGAAAUCACCGCUUUGAAAUCCGCCAUUGCACAAUACGGAACUGCUUUUACAGAUCUCGUUGUUGGUAUCUCUGUCGGAAGUGAGGAUCUCUACAGAAUCUCCCCAACUGGAGUUGCCGCAAAGUCUGGCUACGGAGCCGAGCCAGCUACCAUCGCUGCCUACAUCAAGUCUCUCAGAUCCGCCAUCGCCGGUACAUCGCUUUCUGGUGCCUCUGUCGGACACGUUGAUACUUGGACCGCCUGGGUCAACGGUACCAACCAGGCCGUUAUCGAUGCUGUCGACUGGGUUGGUGUUGACGCAUACCCAUACUUCCAAAACACCAUGGACAAUGGUAUCAGCAAUGGAAAGUCUCUUUUCAACGAGGCCUUUUCCAACACCCAGGCCGCUGUCGGAGGAAAGGAUGUUUGGAUCACCGAGACUGGAUGGCCAGUCAGCGGACCAACUGAGAACCUCGCUGUUGCAUCUACCUCUGAUGCUCAACAGUACUGGCGUGAUGUUGGUUGCCCUAACUUCGGAAAGGUCAACACAUUCUGGUAUACUCUCAUGGAUGCCGGUUCCUCCCCAAGCUUCGGUGUUGCCGGUGCUGAUUUGAGCACCACCCCUCUCUACGAUCUUUCCUGCAGCUCCGUCAGCUCUUCCUCUUCUUCCUCAUCUGCCAGCUCCACCGGCAGUCUCACCAAGACCGCUUCUUCCCUCACUGCUACCUCUUCUGGCGCCGUUGUAACUGGUGGUGCUGGGCUUUCCCCAUCCCAGGGUAUCGGAUCUGGAUCAGGAGCCAAUGUCACAGCAACUGGUGCUGGAGCUGCCCCAACCGCAGGUGUUUCCACCAACUACACUAGCCCAGCAACAGGCCCAUCUGGCACUGCUGGAUCUGGUUCAGGAUCUGGCUCAGGUUCAGGUACCGGUUCGGGAUCUGGUUCCACCACCUCUACACCAAUCAGCGUCAACUCUGCAUCCGUCAUGAAGGGAUCGUUCGUUGCUGGUCUCGCAAUUGCUUUCGCAGCUGUCUUCGCUUUGUAA